GACUGGCUUCUCUGGGGAAGAAAGUGAGGAGGGAAAGAAAGAGCUGUUCCUUGUUUUCUGCAGAAGGCAGUCUUAAAAACCGCUUCAAAUAAUGAAUUUAACUUAACACCUUCAAAAAGCCCAGGACUGCGCCGACCUAAAAUAUUUCAAAGGAAAUGACCAUGGUAUCGCAAUAAGAGGUAAAUGUGUUAGUUUUGAAGCCACGGUAAGCGGAUACAACCUGGGGUGGUGGUUUUCGACAGCAUCUGGUACAGUAGCUAACAAAUUUAGUCGUGCUUGUAAGCGGCAGCUGAAUAAAACGAGAGGAAAAUCUAAACAGUCAGGUAGAAAGAAGCGACAGAGAGCACUUUGACGUAAUUGUGGAAAGAAUCGCUAGAAUGAGCGUCUUUGUAGCCAUUGUUUCGUACCCUCACUCGACACCCGAGUCAAAAUUGUGAGAUUUAAGGUCAUUUAUCCGUUAUAGCUAGAGGGAAUGGCUUCCACUACUUACAGUGGCACUUACAUUUAUCGAGACCUACAUGAUCACUCUAAAACAUGCAGUUAGACCAUCGUCAGCAACCUAGCCACGAGAAACGAGGGUAGUGUGAUACAGCAAAUCAGCGGACAUAAGGACCAAACAUUGCAUUUUGGCAUUGGGUGGCCUUUAAUACAACAAUAUGAGUCAACAUUUGUGCUGAAUACCUUCAUAUUGAAAGAACGCAACAUGUUUUUCCUGUUAGUGUUUGUUGAACUCGCAUCACCGACAUUGAGCGGAUCAGACGCGAGGGUAGGGACGCAGGAGUUAUUUUCUCAUCCUAACAUCUGAUCAGAAUCGUUACAGUAGACUUCUAAAAUGCGCAUAUUAUACUUUGUUCUUUACCUGUAUUUCAGUGUUAUCGACGUUUGUUUGCCAUCAUUUUACAGUUUGUUGUUAACCGUGUGUGUUUUGGAUUGGUUAAAAUGUAUGUAGCAUAGGCUGUAUUUUUCCUGGUGUCUUUUCCUGUAGAGGAAUAAAACCAUUUUACUGACCGCACCGCUUCCUGCAUCUAAUAUUCACGGUGUGUGCAAGGUUUUACCAUGGAAACCCAGAUCCAACGAAUGUGUCUGUCUUGGCCGAUUGGAGGCGGAGAAAGAACCUACGUAAACAGCGCUUCAUAUUAAAAACAUUACCGUUUUCUCCCAAAUUUGUAGUAGGCUACAUUGAAAGCUUUCACGGACACAAGCCACCUACAGACCCUGAAGAUUGUGGACGCCAGGGCAGUAUUGCAGCAAAGAUAGAGUUCUGUAAUAAUGAACAUUUCUCUGUGACGACGAUGAAGAGUCUUUGGAUUUGGACUACUGAUUCCGCCUCUCUGAACGGACUACGGAAGAGUAUUUUAAAAAGGAACCACAGUGGACGUAGUGGGGUAAUGUGAAAGGGCCCCAACUCCAACCUCCACUCCAUCCACUUCAUCUUGUCAGAUUUCCUUUGAGUGAUCUCAUGAAGGGCAAUGCAGGGUGUGACGUACAGCCCCAUACCAGGCAAAUUCACUGUGAACUAACAGGUGUCACCAAGGUACGUUACAUAAACGUGUUCGUAGCUAAUUGAAAUCAAGUUUUAACAUGCAAGGGUUGCCGAUGAAGUCAUCACUGGGAGUUGGUGCAGCAGACUAGCAGCACUAGACUGCGCUGUAUAUGUAAGACAGCCAGAUGGAUGUUUAGAGAUCAAGUAAUACAACUCACAGGAUUUUAUGUCUGCGCAAACCUGUAAAACAGGUUCACAUUUUUAAAAAGGAGGAGCCAAGACUGUGAUUGAAAUGCCGCGGAACAGGGCUUUCUCGGAGCCAGAAUGCUCGGCGGAAUAUUCUGCAGACUGCUCGGUGACGCUGCCCUCUGACCCAGGGCAGGCAGUGGGCCGCACGCAUGAGGUGACGGUGCGCAAUUCCGGGUGCUGCCUAUGUUUGCCCCGCUUCAUGCGCCUCACGUUCGCACCCGAGUCUCUCGAGAACCUCUACCAGACCUACUUCCGGAGGCAGAGGCAUGAGACUCUGUUGGUAUUGGUGGUAUUUGCAGCCCUUUUUGACUGCUAUGUCAUCAUCAUGUGCGCGGUGGUCUACACCAGGGACAAGCUGGCCACCACGAUAGUGGCUGCCGUAGGGCUGCUAGCCCAUGUCCUGCUCUAUGUACUGUGCCGUUUUGGCCUGCUGCCAGACCGAGUGGCUCGCAGGGUGGUACCCUAUGCCCUGUGGGUGCUUAUUGCUGCCCAGAUCUUCUCCUACCUGGGCCUGAACUUCGCCCGCUUCCACCAGGCCAGUGACACGGUGGGCUGGCAGGCCUUCUUUGUCUUCUCCUCCUUCCUGACUCUGCCUCUCCGUCUCACGCCCAUCGUCCUCAUCACCGCCCUCUCAUGUGCAAUCCACACCCUGGUGCUGGGGGUCACCAUCGCACAGCAACAACAGGAGCACCUCCAGGGGGCAGCACUGGGCAGACAGCUCCUGGCCAACGUGGUGAUUUACUUCUGCGCCAUCACGGUGGGGAUCAUGUCCUACUACAUGGCUGACCGCAAGCACCGCAAAGCCUUCCUGGAGGCACGGCAGUCCCUGGAGGUGAAGCUGAACCUGGAGGAGCAAAGCCAGCAGCAGGAGCGACUCCUGCUCUCCAUCUUACCCAAGCACAUCGCAGACGAGAUGCUGCAGGACAUGAAGAAGGAGCCCAGCCAGAAAGAGAUGCAGCAGUUUAACACCAUGUACAUGUACCGCCACGAGAACGUCAGCAUCCUGUUUGCUGACAUCGUUGGUUUCACGCAGCUGUCCUCAGCCUGUAGUGCACAGGAGCUGGUCAAGCUGCUCAACGAACUGUUUGCUCGCUUCGACAAGCUGGCCGCUAAAUACCACCAGUUGAGGAUUAAAAUCCUUGGUGACUGCUACUACUGCAUCUGCGGACUGCCAGAUUACCGUGAAGACCACGCAGCCUGCUCCAUCAUGAUGGGGCUUGCUAUGGUGGAGGCCAUCUCGUACGUACGUGAGAAGACUCAGACGGAGGUGGACAUGCGUGUGGGGGUGCACACUGGCACUGUCCUGGGAGGUGUACUGGGACAGAAGCGCUGGCAGUAUGAUGUGUGGUCUACUGAUGUCACUGUGGCCAACAAGAUGGAGGCAGGAGGGAUCCCAGGGCGUGUCCACAUCUCUCAGAGCACGAUGGAGUGCCUGCAUGGAGAGUUCAGUGUGGAACCAGGUCAUGGUGGUGACCGAUGUGACUACUUGAAGGAGAAGGGUAUUGAAACAUACCUGGUGGUGGUGCCCAAGGGUCCAGUGUGCAGGAAUGGCAUAAAUGGAGUGAAGCUGUCUGUCACCUCGUCCAAUGGGAACUCUCCCCUGUUGAUCAACACCACAGAGUGCAAUGGAAGCGUCCACACGGCCUGCACAACACCAGAGGAACUAGAGGAACUGGACACACGGAAAGAUCAGGAAAACCUCUCGGACUACAAGACAACAGGACACAAGGAGAGUCAUCCUGCUAGUUACGACAUACUCCCUAUUCAGUGUAACAGCCUUGCCACUGGAACACAGCACACAGACCUACUUCAAAAUGAUAAAAUCUCUGCAAACAAGAGGAACAAAAACCUGAAGGACUACUUGGUGGUGAACCCCUCCUUCCCGAACCCAAGGCGUCGGCUGCGGCUCCGGGACCUGGCGGAGAGGGUGAUAGAUGCUCAGGAGAACGAGCAGGAGCUCAACAAGCUACUGAAUGAAGCACUGCUGGAGAGAGAGACCGUACAGGCUCUGAAGGGGACCCACACAAAUCGGUUCUCCCUGCGCUUUGUGGAUCCCGAGCUGGAAACACGCUUCUCAGUGGAGAAGGAGAAACAGAGUGGAGCUGCCUUCAGCUGCUCCUGUGUGGUGCUGCUGUUCACUGCAGCCAUGGAGGCCCUCAUCGACCCCUAUCUGAUAGUGAACUAUGUGACUCUGGUCAUCGGGGAGGUCUUACUGCUCGUCCUCACGGUCUGCUCUCUGGCGGCCAUCUUCCCCAGGGUUUUCCCCAAAAAGCUGGUGUCCUUCUCGGCAUGGAUCGACCACACGCGCUGGGCGCGUAACACAUGGGCCAUGGCAGCCAUCUUUAUUCUGACCAUGGCUGACAUGGUGGACAUGCUCAGCUGUCUGCAGACCCCCCUCCCGGCGGGGAAUAGCAGUGCGGGGCUCCCCCCGGGACCAAGUGUAGAGGGUGGCUGUGCGGAGAAUCCCAAAUACUACAGUUACAUUGCUGUUCUGGCACUGCUCGCAACCACCAUGCUGGUGCAAGUCAGUCACAUGGUCAAGAUCACUCUCAUGCUGCUCAUCACCGUUGCAACUGGAGUGGUCAACCUCUACAGCUGGAGCGACAUCUUUGAUGAAUAUGACCGUGUUCGCUUCAAGGAGUAUAGGGCCUCUCUGGUUCCUUCCAAAUACUCCAUGACUGUGAUGGUCUUCGUCAUGAUGAUUAGCUUCUACUACUUCUCUCGUCAUGUGGAGAAGCUGGCGCGCACGCUGUUCCUGUGGAAGAUGGAAGUCCAUGACCAGAAGGAGCGGGUGUAUGAGAUGAGGCGCUGGAACGAGGCGCUGGUCACUAACAUGCUGCCUGAGCACGUGGCCCGACACUUCCUGGGGUCGAAGAAGAGGGAUGAGGAGCUCUACAGCCAGUCAUAUGAUGAAAUCGGUGUGAUGUUUGCCUCCAUCCCCAACUUCUCUGACUUCUACACAGAGGAGAGCAUCAACAAUGGAGGGAUUGAGUGCCUGCGGUUCCUAAAUGAGAUUAUCUCGGACUUUGACAGUCUUCUGGAUGAGCCUCAGUUUCGCUGCAUCACCAAGAUCAAGACCAUUGGAAGCACAUACAUGGCAGCAUCUGGUGUUAUACCUGAUGCGAAUACUAAUGGUUACAACUGCCUAAAGAAGGAGGAAUUGUCAGACAAGGAACGCUGGCAACAUUUGGCAGACCUGGCUGAUUUUGCACUUGCAAUGAAGGUUACCCUCAUGAAUAUCAACUAUCAGUCUUUCAACAACUUCAUGCUUCGCAUCGGACUGAACAAGGGGGCAGUGCUGGCUGGAGUAAUUGGUGCCCGGAAGCCUCACUACGAUAUCUGGGGGAACACUGUAAAUGUGGCCAGCCGCAUGGAGUCCACUGGAGUAAUGGGGAACAUCCAGGUGGUGGAGGACUGCUAUGCCAUCCUGAAGGAUUAUGGAUUCCGCUUUGUGAGACGAGGGCCCAUCUUUGUGAAGGGGAAGGGCGAGCUACUGACCUUUUUCCUGAAGGGGCGGGACAAACAGGGCUCCUUCAUAAACGGCUCCUCUGUCACGCUCCCUCACCAGGUGGAGGACAGCUCCUGACCCACACAUGCUGACAAACAUACUAAUAUCCCCCCCGCUCCCCACAUACACAAUGACACUACCAGGCACACACUGAUACACAGCCAUUCACCUUGUCUCCUUGACACAUACACAAGGCAAUUCAUUUCAAAACAAACACUCCCUACCGCCCUGCCUAUGUGCCAUACCUGAGCUGUGAAUUACCUGACCUGCUGACGCCUCUUAUAAGUGUCCACUCAUUGGAGACUACCCGUGUUACUACCUGUCGUAUCUAUGGGCUUCUGGGACAUCUGACGUUGACCAUCUGAAGACAUUCAGCGAGCAUGAGGCCACUGUUUUGGCCAAUUUUUAAUGACAAAAAAGGAGAACUAUUUUAAGUGUGUUUUAUCUGUCCGAUUGAGAGAGUAUUAAAAUGCAUUACCUGCCUCUGCACACAUGUACACUACUUAAUUUCAUACUUAAGUUCACACUAUAAAACUACAGUACAUACUUACCUAUGGCUUAUCCAGUUAUGUCCCACUCAGUUACAUGCACGCUGUUCACAGAUUAUAAUUGAUUACACUGACACAUUUUAAAAAAACUAAAAAAAGAACAUUUUUUUUUUUUCCCAAAUUACUUUGGAGAUGAAAAGCUUGUCCAGAGAUGAAUAAUAAGCUGCAGCCUAUUCUCAACUCUUUGUCAGUAUAGAGAACCUGUAGCUUGUUCUCUCUGAGUUAAAAUAACCUGCUUUUGCUCUCUGUGAGCCUGCCUCUUCAGCUUUCUGUGAUUUUAAUUACCUGCAGCCUGCCUCUGCUCUCUCUGUGAGUAAAAUGACCCUCGGCCUCCCUUUGUGCUGUCUUACAUGUGUUUACCUUUUACCUGCUCUCACACGAGAGCACCGAAACUAGCUUGAAAAGACUGAUGCACCUGUUUUCCAGUGCGGUCAUGUCUGAGUGUAUGUGAAGUGUAUUUAACUGUGGGGCAUUGUUGCAGGCCGAAGACAGGUGUGUAUACCUGUUGGGUAGUAUUACAGGUCUAUGGAAGGUAUUUAAACCAGCGGUGUCGUGUUGCAGGUAUGUGCCAGGUGUGCACACUUAUGGAGCCAUAUUACAGGUGUGUAUACCGAUUGAACCAUUUUGCCAGUGUGAAUAUAAGACAAGUGUAAAUCUGGGGCAGCAUUGCAGCAUGUGUGUGUCAGGUGGGUAUACCCUUGAGGCGAUGUUUCAGGUGUGUGUGUGUGUGUGCGCGCGUGUGUGUGUCAGGUACGUAUACCUUCUGAGAUGAUUUUGCAGGUCUGUAAAAAUCUGUCUGCUAUGUUUGGACUCCUGUUUAGUGUCUCUCCUACCAGAUUGGUGAAAGUGCAAUAUUUAAUUCCUUUGCUUCCCUCUUGACUUGCUUCAAUUCCCCUGUGCAAAGUACAACAUACUUUACCAUCUUAUAUUUUUAUAUACUGAUUGUGUAAUGCACUUUCCAUUCAAGUUGAUACAAUCUUUAAAAGGGACGAUGGUCUUAUAACAUGAAUCGAAUGUAAGUUCAUCCCAUUGAUUUAUAGCUGACUUCAGGGGUAGAUGAUAAAAAUACUAGCACAGCAAAGCUAUAUUGGUCCUUGUUUGCUGAGGUUACAGAAUUGCGAGUUGCAGGCAUUGAACCAUGGAGUUGUUCUAGUCUAUAUUGGGAUGAAUCAGGGCAUGCAUGUCCUGAGUUGAUCUAGUGUUUUUAUUUAGAAUCUUCAAGACAUGGGAAUAAAAUGGCACUUUGAAUGAUUUGUAAUUUUAAAUGUACUUGAUUUGAAUGAUUUGUAAUUUUCAAAUGUAUUUGAUUUGAAUGAUUUGUAAUUCAGAUGUAUUGAUUAAAAAAAUGUUUAGACUCUUCAA